UUUCCUUUGCUCGAUAGAGUUAGAAUUUUUCUAAAGAAUUUGAAACCACAUCUAUUGUAAAUGUUAAAACCGUAACAGAAAAUCUCCCGCCUUAUAAUCAUAUUGUACUUACAGAACUGGUAUGUACUUAUAUGUAUGUAUGUAUGUAUAUAGUAUACCACCUAUAGUUAGUCGUAGCGGAACAUGACACACACUAUAGCGAAGUUCUUCCGAACUCUAUAUCAAUAACGCAAAACAGAAACACAACACCGUAACGUGCGGUGAAAUUUUGUAUUAACAAAUAUUAUAAAAUGAAAAAUUUAUAUAUUGACAUUUGUGGCUAUUGAGCGUUAGUGACCUUACUGUAUUAUUGUUAACACUUACGUGCUACGAUAUAAAACUUGCAUUGUGCAUCUGAAGUUUUUAAACUGAGUUAUUCAUUUUUUAAAAAUUCAUUUUAGGGAAAGUUCGUUCGAUCUUGCUUACUAUUACAUUGUAAAAGCUAGCGGUAAAGAUGGUUGUACUUAGCAAUUUUCUUGCUCCGCAAGAGGGAAUACGCCACGAAGAGCAAAAUACUACUGUGUAUAUUAAUGACACAGAAGUAGGAAAAGGAACACUGUAUAUUACUGAAAGCUUGUUUUCUUGGGUGAACUAUGAUACACAACAAGGAUUUUCACUUGAAUAUCCUCAUAUAUCUUUACAUGGCAUAUCAAGAGAUCAAAUAGGACAUCCAAGACAAUGUUUAUAUAUUAUGGUUAAUGCAAAAGUAGACCUUCCAGACGUACCCUUGCCACCUCCCUCUGACAGUGGUUCAGAAAAUGAGGACGAAGAUGCAGAUACACCAAUUACAGAAAUGCGUUUUGCUCCUGAUAAUACAAAUAAUUUAGAUGCUAUGUUUCAAGCAAUGAAUAACUGUCAAGCGCUUCAUCCCGACCCACAAGAUAGUUUUUCAGAUGCUGAAGAAGACAUUUAUGAAGAUGCAGAAGAAGAUGAUUUUGAAAAUUAUGAAGUUGGCGCUGGUGAUGCUCCCUACAUUUUACCAUCAGAACAAAUAGGGUCCAAUCACAAUGGCACAGAAGCAGAUGACGCUAUGGAUGUAGAAGCAGGUCAAUUUGAAGAUGCAGAGGAAGAUCCAUAAAGGAUGGUGAUGAAAAAAUGCAUGUAUGCAUUUAGUAUUAAUUUAUAAUUACUGGUAUCAUAUAUUAUUGUAGAUAUGUGAUAUUAUGGCAGACUGUAUUACAGAGCUGUAACAAACAUAAACACACCUAACAUUUAUUUAUAUUCAUUUUGUACACGGGAAUAAUUUCGUAGAUAAAAAUAAACAAUUGUAUAUCAAAUUUAA